UCACCACUAACGGCGAAGGCUGGAUUCGGUCUCGACCUGCUUCGGAGUUCUGCUUGGGCUCGCACCGCAUUGCGGUCUGGUUGUGUGUUGUUGCUGUGAAUAUGGGAUGAAUUUCCUGAUGCGCCAAUUCAUCGCAUCACGAGGAAUAUUUUGAGCUAAAAUUUGCUCAUUCCUAUGGUCAUUUCGAUUAGCACUUGCGUUUUUUGUGAAGAGCGCCGGGGGUGAUAAUUGUUGUAAGGCCUUGGAGCGUAAUGGCGAUGGCUUGUGGCAAUCGCUUGGCGUCAUCGGAGUUGUUACGCGAGAGUUUCUCAGGCGCGGGUCCGUCGGGAGCCGAAAGAGUUGAUGCCGGGCGCGCCUCCUCGUCGCAGCUUCUUCAUUGUGGUUGUGGUUUGAUGAGGACCUUCCAGUUUCCUGCAUUGUCUGUGUGAAUUGGACACAUUUGAAAGGGUUGACUGAGACAACUUUGGAUUUUUUGCGCGUCCUACGGAUUUCAUGUAUGUUAUGAAAGGCGACCUUCAGGGCAUUUGGCAGGAGGGAGAGUUAAAACCAUAUGGAAAUUUGCAAGUCAAUCCAGCCGCUGGAGUGUUGAAUUAUGGACAGCAAUGCAGGCCGAAGCACUCCCCUUGGUGGAAGCGCUCGACCUUGUGGAAGACGACUUAUCAGCCAUAUUUCCGGGAGGAGUUCCAUGGAAGAAUUACUCUGGCGAACUUGAUGGUCUUAAUGUUCACAUAGUUGUUCCUGGAAAGGACAAAGCCUUAGGCGUGGAUAGCGUGGGAACUGUUCCUUCUUUUUUGCUGACAUACGCAACUGGUGUAGCUCUACAACCUAAUUUGAUCAUCAAUGCUGGCACUGCGGGUGGAUUCCAGGCAAAGGGAGCCAACAUUGGCGAUGUCUAUGUUGCAACAGAGUUUGCCAAUCGUGACCGUAGGAUACCCAUCCCUGUAUUUGAUAAGUACGGAAUUGGGACCAUAGAAGCCAUUCCUACUGGCAACCUCAUCAAAGACCUUGACCUGAAGGAAGGAAAGGUAUCCACUGGAAACUCCUUGGACAUGACGCUGCAAGACGAGGAACACAUAAAAGCCAACGAUGCAACUGUCAAAGACAUGGAGGGUGCGGGAGUAGCGUACGCAGCGAAUCUGUUGGCUAUUCCCAUGAUCUCCUUGAAGGCCAUAACAGACAUUGUGGAUGGCACCAAGCCAACGGUGGAGGAGUUCCUUGAGAAUAUGUCAACAGCUGCAUCGGCCUUGUCCAGGACUGUGCCUCCAGUGCUGAAAUAUGUGUCAGGGAAGAAUGUUGCCGACCUUGUUUGUUCAUGAAGGUCAUUUCUUGAUCUCUGUCGGAAACAUCUCUAGGUCCUCACCAUCUUUAACUUAUUAGUCGCCCUUCGAUUGGAUGCAUGGGAUGUUGGGCUUCCAGUUGUCGAUGACUCUUCGUUUAUAUUUUGCUCCGAAUGCACCAGAUCUUGUCUUCUGCUAAAUGGUACUAUUCAUGAAGGUCCAUUUAGCACUAAAUUCUUGUAGACAUUGAUAGGCCUCCGAAAGAUGGUUUGAGCUGGUGGGUUGGAAGGUACUUGUGCUGCAGUUGAGAGUCGGUCAUAAAUAUACCUUGAUAUUGGGGAAGUGCGACGUAUUGAUACAUGUAGGAAGAGCUUUGACCAUUGAAUUCAAUGAAGCUGAAAACUGGACUUUUAUGGGCACUGCUACAAUGUGAAGUACGUAGCGUUGAAUUCGUCUGUAGUAAGGACAAUUUUAUAUUGUGCCUACGUAAUUCUGAUUUUCUUAGCUUUGUUGGUAAACUCUACUGACUACUGAGGUCUAUUCAUCCAUUUAACAUGAAAGCCAGCAUCUAUUGUCUGGAAUUCAUCUACUAAAUUGGCUUUUGAGCCACAUUUCGUGUAUGCAAAUAAACCAAAGGUUUCUGUUGAGGUUG